CGUCCAGGUUUGGUGUGUCAUUGGUUGCAGCCCAGAGCUGGCACCAGCUCAAAGGGGAUGUUUAGAAAUGCAAUCCAUAUGGUGGCACUAUAAAAUCUAGCACCGACCACAACCAAAGACCAAGAUCUGCUAAGGACACCAGCGUAGCAUCAAUCUGAAAACCACCUUUUCCGCAGCACCUGAAGAUUUUUGCUCUUCAAGACAUCAGGAGGACCAGUUGCUUGAAAGGGGGAGGUCCUGUCAGGUUGGAUAUGAAUAUUUUUUGUCGUGCUUUGUUCCUGCUUCUGCUGGGAGUCGUUUCUUGCCAGAACAACAAUCGCAAUGUCAAGCCAGGAGGAAAACCUGCAAAGAAACCUAACAGCCCAGCCAUAGAGGCGACCCAGCAUGGCCCUGAAGCAGACCCCAACUCUGGGCUGGCUAGUGCUGGCGAUUCAAGUAAAGAAACAAAUCCGGGAGGCCGUGGCUCCAGCCAGCAAAGCGCAUCUGUCAACAAGCCUGCUGAUGAAAUGAAGCUGCACUUUCUUAAGAACGCAGCAGUGACGUGCAAUGAUGGUACUGCUGCUGGGUUCUACCUAAAGGAGUUCAAAGGAAGUAAGAGAUGGCUGAUAUUUUUGGAAGGUGGUUGGUGCUGCUACAGCAAAGAGACCUGUGAUUCCAGAUACAAAACUAUCCCUCGUCUAAUGGGCUCAACCGACUGGCCACAGACACGCAGAGGGAGUGGUUUAUUAUCAGCGCAAGUUGAUGAAAAUCCACACUGGUAUAACGCCAAUAUUGUAUUUGUUCCCUACUGUUCAAGUGAUGUGUGGAGUGGCAACAAAGCAGCAUCAAAAUCCAAACAGGGAAAAGAAUCAGAAUAUGCUUUCAUGGGGUCUCAGAUCAUUCGUGAGGUGAUCAAAGAUCUUGUCCCAAAAGGACUGAAGCAAGCCAAAGUUGUGAUGUUGGCAGGAACAAGUGCUGGAGGAACAGGUGUGCUGCUGAACAUUGAUAAGGUCUCCAGUCUUCUGGAGCAGCAGGGAGCUGAGGCUCAGGUGCGCGGCCUAGUCGACUCAGGCUGGUUUCUGGAGAGUAAACAGCAAAAAGUUCCCGACUGUCCCGACAGUGCCUCCUGCACCCCUGCAGACGCAAUCAAGAAAGGACUUAGAUUGUGGAAUGGUGUUGUUCCAGAAAAGUGUAAGCAGCAGUAUAAAAGAGGCGAAGAUUGGCACUGCUUUUUUGGACACAAGCUGUUCUCCUAUAUAAGCGCUCCGCUGUUUGUGGUGCAGUGGCUGUUUGAUGAGGAACAGUUACGAGUGGAGAACAUUUAUAUGGGCAGCCAGUCUCUCUCAGAGCAACAGUGGACAUACAUGCAGAACCUGGGGAAAGAGUUAAAAAACUCUCUCAAAGACGUGACGGCCGUGUUUGCCCCCUCCUGUCUGUCCCACACUCUGAUAACCAAAAGUAACUGGACGGAUUUCCAAAUCAAAGGCACAUCGCUCUCCCGUGCUCUGCAGUGCUGGGACAGAAGUCUUCAGGAGGCUAAUAAAAACAGCAAAACUGCACUCAAGGGCUGUCCCUUUCAUCUCAUCGAUAACUGCCAAUGGCCACAGUGCAAUCCAACCUGUCCAGCCCUGAUUGACCAGGCCACACAACAGGAGAUGACUUUGCUCCAGGUGCUGGCCAGUAUGGGCCUGGACCUGCAAAAACUCGGCUUGGAUGUAAGAGGUGACAUUUCACCCGGAAUGGUCAGCAAUGGUGGCUAAAUUAACCUUAGUGCUCUUAUCGACCCAAUUCACCUCAUCCCACACUUUAGAGAUUGUUCAGUGGCUUCAUCUCUGGCCACUUCCAGAGAAGGGCCUGGUGUGUCUAGUGAACAUCUCACUGGAUUUCAGUACCGACAAAACCGUGUUCGAUCAACAGCAAUGAUUUCGGGGUCUCCAAGUGAGUGACUCUUUAUAGUUAGACACAGUUAAUCAAUGGAUAUCACAACUGCUUAAAAAAACGAAAUAACAACUUCAAUCAGAGAACAAGUGUUUGAGUUAAAUGCUGUCAACAUCAUACUUUACUAACAGAAAAAAAUGAGCUGGUAUUAAAUCAGAAGAGUGAAAGUUUAGGAUGUUUGUGUUUCUAUCAGAUUUUGGAGAUAUACAGUUAAAGUCAGAAUUAUUAGCCCUCCUGUGAAUUCUUUUUUCUUUUUCCAAUUUUUCCCAAAUGUUUAACAGAGCAAGGAAUUUUUCACAGUAGUUCCGAUAAUAUUUUUUCUUCUGAAGAAAGUCUUAUUUGUUUUAUUCCGGCUAGAAUAAAAGCAGUUUUAAUUUUUUUAAACCAUUUUAAGGUCAAUAUAGCCCUCUUAAGCAAUUUUUUUUUCGACUGUCUACAGCAGUGGUUCCCAAAGUGGGGGUCCGGACCCCCUGGGGGGCUCAUAGUACGAUGACAGGGGCUCGCUUGGUGAUUUCCAAAAGUCAAAUAAAUUUUAUUAAGUACUUUAUCGAUAACCCACAGAAGAUAAAAAUAGUAGUGAAUAGUUACAUAAAAAAGCAACAACAUGCAAAUAAAAAGCCAUCAGCCUUUUAUUUUUUUUCAUAGGAUUGUGUGUUUACAUUAGAUUAACAACACAACAAUAGCAUCAGAUGCAGCAGAUUGAUUUUAUAGCACCAGGUUAAACUUUCUGACACCUUUAUGGCAGUCAAAUACACUAAAAAUAAAUACAGACCACAACUGAACAUUGAGGACAAUCUCUGAGUGGCGGUCUCCAAAAUUAAACCAGGAAUAGGCUUGUGCUGAAAACAUUGCCCACCAGUCUCAUUAGGUGAGGUUGAUAUAAAAUUAAACAAAUUAAUAAAUGACUAUUUAAAUUAUAGCCUAUGCUUGUUAGACUGUUGCAAUUUUGUGUGUUGUCAAUAUUCUGGUGUGCAACAUUUGUAUAUUUAUAACCAAGAUUGUGGGGGUCGUGAGUCACUGGCGUUGUUAUUUUGAGGGUUGCGGGCUAAAAAGUUUGAGAACUCCUGGUCUACAGAACAAACCAUCGUUAUACAAUGACUUGCCAAAUUACAAUAACUUGCGUAAUUAACCUAACUAAGGCUCCAAUUACACUUUAAGUUGAAUACUAGUAUCUUGAAAAUUAUGUAGUAAAAUAUUAUGUUUGGUCAUCAUGGUGAAGAUAAAAGAAAUGAGUUAUUAGAAAUGAGUUAUUAAAACUAUUAUGUUCAGAAAUGUGUUGAAUAAAUCGUCUUUUUGUUAAGCAGAAAUUGGGGAAAAAAUAUACAGGAGGGCUAAUAAAUCAAUAAUUCUGACUUCAACUGUACAUGACAGAACAAUAAAAUACUGCAGUAUCUACAUUUUCCAAAGAUCCAGCCACAAUACUUUCUCUGUUGUAUAUCUUCUUAUUUUUAGCAAGUGCAUGCUGUUUUAGGACGUGAUUGGUAGCAGAAUUAGCAGACGAGUCAUAUGAAAUGACGCAAAAUCAGUAUUUCACAUAUUGACAACCAUCCUAAAAUGACCUUAAAAAUAGUACAAAACAAAAAUAAUUUCUCUAUUCACUAUUAUUUAUCAUCUGCAUAAUUUUACUUCUUGUCUAUUUCCAAUAUUUUAAUAUCCAUAAAGUUCUUGUGACAUUUAUAGAAUGGUUUGACUUAUCUUGAACACUAAUAAAAGAUUUAAUGUUUUAGACAA